GGGAGCAGCGACAACUUCUCGCGUUUCAACUCCAGCGACAAGCAAGACCUGGACCUGGACUCCUACCCAAAGCCUCCCCAGCGGCGGCGCAGCGAGUAGAGCUCCACGCAGUAACUUCCUCGGCUCGGCCCGGCUGCCUUUGGGAGCCCCAAGUGCACACCUGCAAACUCUCUGCCUUUUACACCUGCCAACCCAGAGCCAGCGCGGGCGCCAGAGAAAGCCAUGGCCAACGCGGGUCUGCAGCUGUUGGGCUUCAUCCUGGCCUUCCUGGGUUGGAUCGGUUCCAUCGUCAGCACCGCCCUGCCUCAGUGGAAGAUUUACUCCUAUGCCGGCGACAGCAUCGUGACCGCCCAGGCCAUCUACGAGGGGCUAUGGAUGUCUUGUGUGUCGCAGAGCACCGGGCAGAUCCAGUGCAAAGUCUUCGACUCUUUGCUGAAUCUCAACAGUACUUUGCAGGCAACCCGUGCCUUGAUGGUGAUUGGCAUCCUGCUGGGACUGAUAGCGAUCUUUGUGGCCACUGUUGGAAUGAAGUUUAUGAAGUGCAUGGAAGAUGAUGAGGAGCAAAAGAUGCGGAUGGCUGUCAUUGGGGGUGUGAUAUUUCUUAUUUCAGGUCUGGCUACUUUAGUUGCCACAGCGUGGUAUGGCAAUAGAAUUGUUCAAGAAUUCUAUGACCCUAUGACCCCUGUCAAUUCAAGGUAUGAAUUCGGCCAGGCUCUUUUCACUGGCUGGGCUGCUGCUUCUCUCUGCCUUCUGGGAGGUGCCCUACUUUGCUGUUCUUGUCCUCGAAAAACCACCUCUUACCCAACACCAAGGCCCUAUCCAAAACCUACACCUUCUAGUGGGAAAGACUACGUGUGACAAGUGAAUGGAGUUAUCUUGUUAGAACGUAAAAUGGACAUUGAAAUACCAUCAUUGACAUUAACAUUAACUGAGACUUUUGAUUAUUAUAAUACGAACUGUGGUAUUAGAAAAAAUAUUUUUAAGGCUGCCCAUUGCUAGAAAUGGCUUAAUCUUUCCGCAGUACUGGAAGAAAACCCUUCCAUUUGUAUUACUGCUUCUCACUGAGUAAUCAAACUCAAAUGGGGAGUACUCCAUAGAUAUAUAUAGAUAUGUAUAUAUACAUGUUUUUCUAUUAAAAAGACAGUAAAAAGAUCUUAUCUUCAUUAUAUAGGCACUAGCAUACUAAAAAUCUCUAGAAAAAUACAUUUAAUUAUAUGUUGAUUAAAUAAGAAUGUUAUUGCUAUACUUCCCUUAUUUCUCUCUAUAUACGUAUAGAAGAGGUCAGAUAUCAUCCCUUCUUCAUCAGUUUUUAGUUUCUUUGUCGUAAGACCUUACCCACUUUACUAAGUAUUAUUCUUUGAGUUCUUCAUGUGUUGCAUAUAAUUAUUUUAAUUUGUUACCUCUAUCUUAUAGUACUUAUUCGUCAAGUCCUUAUUUGUUUCUAUUAUAUUGAUCCCUAACUCCAGAAUCUGAUAAUGCAUUUCAUAGCCUACAUUUUUGUGCCUAACGCCAGUAACAAUCUCUUCCAUAUCAGCAUGUUGGGGGAAAAAAUCUUUCUGCAUAGGGAUGACAUAUUCCUGUUGGCCUCCCCACACAAACCCUGUACUCUGACCCAUUGCACACUUAUCUGCUUUGAAAAUAUUUGUCCCCUUUUGUAGCUUUAUGCCACUCACCCAAGUGUUGUAACAAUUUUAUUGAUUAAAUUUUAUGCUGCUUGUUCAUGGUUAUAUAUCCCUGAAAAUGCAUUUUUCUUCGUCCCUUCUCAACUGUCUUGUUUUCCCAUAAGUAAUUAUUAUACAGUUUAACACACUUCUCAGAGAGGUGUGGUCUGUUUAUCUGAACAAACUGCUAGAUUUUAUGUAGUGAUUAUCUGGUGACAAAUAUUCUCUCCAUAGCUAUGAGCAAGUCAUGCAAUCUUUCUAACUCUUUCCCCAUCUGCCAAAUUGAUAUAAUUAUACUUAACCAGCUGGUAGAAGUAAUGUAAGUAUUAAUUAGUUGAUAUUUUUCUCAUUCCUUGAACGUGAAAUAUGCCUAAGUAGUAUUUUUAUUUGUUCAAUUGGCUAUUUAGAAGUCACUAAGCAAAAUCAGACACACAUCGUCAUUCAUUCAGUAUUUUUUCCUUUUCCAUCAGUCCAUUUCCUUUCUUUCAGCUGUGUCUGGUGUGUUGUUGGUGCUCCAUUCCAUUUUAACAACUCGUUUUAGUUUUCCAGUCUGUUUCUAAAUGGAGUUUCACUUGAGGAAGAUGAUAUAAUGGAAAAGGUGUUGGCUUUGGGAUCUGGAGAUUUGGUUUUAAAUCUCGGUGCUAUCAAUUACUGUCUGAGUUUGGGCAGGGCAUUUGGCUGCCCUAGAUUUAUUGCUUCAUCUGUAAAAAGGAAUUCCUAGUUUCUGACCUGCCUACCUCACAGGAUUGUGGUAGGGUUCCAGUGAAACGAUAUACAUGUAAAUGUGGUUUUGCAAGAUGAAAGUGCUAUACUAGGGGAAAGAAUUAAGGAAUUGAAGUACAUAAGUUGUGGGGUUACUUUUCAAAUGUCUGAAGAGCAAAACGUUCAUAAAUGGAUUUCUUGCCUUAACCAGUCUCUGAAGUGACGAGACAUUAAAGUGAAUUCAGCUCACUGAAAAUGAAAAGAAUUCUAAGGAAGUUCUGUUGUCUUCAGUCAGUAUGACCUGAUGCCUUCUGUGGCAAAGCAGACACGGUGGGGGAAGGAAAAGCCUGACAGUUUGCAAAAUGAAGAUUAUUUGAGAUUUUUUGAAUUAUAAUAACUUGUAAGGGGAUAUAAGGGCUAUCAAUUGAUUGCUGUCUUUGGAGCUUUGGCUAUUAGCUGGCAGCUAACACUGCUAGUUUUUUAGUCAGGAAAUUGUACUUUAUGAUGAAACCGCAUGGGAAAGCUCUUCAAAGGACUAUUUUUAUGAGGAUUUAGACCCAGUAAAUUUGAAUAUAGUUUCUAAACUUGACAAUCUAUGGUUCUAGAAAUUAUACCAGCCUUUGCUACAUAUAAACAUUAUAAUGAAUGUGGGUGUAAAUAUAUGUGGAUAACCAAUUGCUAAAUUCUACAGAGAAAUCUGUAUUCCAAAAUGAUCCAAUAGAAUUGUUACACCAGAAUUUAUCCAAUUUUGAUGUUUUUCUACUCUGCUUCCCUACUUGGAAACUGACCAAUAGAUAUUUGGGGGUUUUAUAAAAGGUAUUUGUACAAAACUUUACUCUUUUUUCAAUAAAUUGUUGUUUUAUAAUAAAAAAGACCACUGA